GCAACACUGGUUAUUGUCAUUAAUUUUUAUUUUAAAUUACAAAUGUAGAUGUAGUACUAUUAGUAUUAAGGUUAAAAAUUACAAAUUUGUUACUUUUAUAUGUAUUACUAAAUAAAAUAGUUUAUUUGGACAUACAAAAUAUAAAGUAAGACGAAGUGAUACUAAAAUAUUCUACUAUAGUUCUUAUGCCUAACGAAACACUAAUUUUAUUAUAACUGAAAGUGAACAAAAAAUAAUAAUUUACAAAAUAAAUGUUUAAUUUUGUUAAACAUAUUUAGAAAAAUAUGACACAAAACAACUACUAUCUACAGAAAUGGCUUCUAGAAACACCGAAAUAUACAGUAUUCAGAGUAAAUAAAUUAAUGGACUUUGACAUAGAGAAACUUAAAAAUCAUUUGGAGGAACAAAGAAUUGAAUUAAAGGCUUCCAAAAUUCCAAAAUAUUACUUCUUAAAACCAGAUUGUCUCAUAGUUGAACAAUGGCCUUUUAUAAUAAAUAUUGAAAAAACUAGAAAUGAAGUUUUAGUUGAUCCAUUAUGUGCAUCUGCUGUGUUACGUGGUGCCCAUGUAUAUGCACCUGGUGUUUUAGGUCUUCCUUCAAAUUGUGUUUUAAAUGAAAGAAUUGAUAUUUACGGUGCUAUGGAUGGUAAAUGUAGAAGAGGUCUUAAAGUAAAAUAUGAUGGAGACAAAAAGUAUGUUGGUACAGGCUAUUUAAAAAUGUUACGCUACAAUAUUUUUGAUAAAGGAAUUCAACCAAGUGGAAUAGCAGUUCAGACUUUACUACCUGCUUCAAUGUUACCCGUUAUAAAUGAAACUAUUUUCCCUAGAGGACAUGUUUUAUUACAAAAUCUACCAUCUAUUAUUGCUGGAUGGGUUGUAAAUGCCCAGCCCUAUGAGUAUAUUUUAGAUAUGUGUGCUGCACCUGGCAAUAAAACAACACACUUAGCUGAAAUGUCGUGUAAUAAGGCUGUUAUCAUAGCGAUUGAUAAAACUGUUCAAAAAACUAACAAAAUACAACAAUCUUGUAAUACACAAGGUGUUACGUGUGUGAAAGCAUACACAUUUGAUUCAACAAAAUGCUAUUCUAAUGAAGACAAUAUUAAGAAGGAAAAUAUGAUGGAUCCACCGUACAGUUCCAACAUGUUUAAUAAAAUCCUUCUAGACGCACCUUGCAGUGGACUCGGUCAGAGACCUCAAACAAAUAAUAAAAUUACACCAAAAAUGCUACAAUCAUACAAAUUCGUGCAGAGAAAAUUAUUUGAUGCGGCAGUUAAGAUCUUAAAAGUUAAUGGUAAAUUAGUAUACAGCACUUGUACAGUGACUGUGGAUGAAAAUGAAGGCAUGGUAGCUUGGGCGUUAGAAAAAUAUCCUUGUCUAAAACUUAUACCUGCAGAACCACUGUAUGGAGGACCUGGGUUACCAGAUGUUGGUUUGUCAGUUACAGAAAGAGCAAUGGUACAACGAUUUGGUCCAGGAGAUGAUCAUUUAAGACCAGUUGAUGAUUUAUACAAAAAUACUAUAGGCUUUUUUAUAGCAGCUUUUAUAAAAACAGGAGAUGUGACUAGUUAGCAAAUUUAUUUGUAAUUAAACAUAGCUUUAAUAUGUGA